AUGUGCAUUGCUCUUGUGCACGUUGAGGGAACAUCGAACAGCAACACCAUGUACCGUUGCUACACAAGUACUGACCCUAGAUCGGCACUAUUUAAUCGCGAAGAGCUAUUCAACAGGCCUACCAAACGACUCUACACUUGGGCGAAUUGUGACAUUAUUGGGGGCCAAGAUUCCGAUAUGCUUGGCACCUGGAAGGCCUUGAACACAAAGCUCAAAAGAAUUGUUCUCUUGACAAACGGCAGGGCCCUAAAUACCCUUGGAACGAUCGGUGCUGCUCAGAGCAGCUGUUCUACUGGCUCAUCUGGCGAUGAGCCCUCUAUUUGCAGUCGAGGGGUUCUGGUUAAGAUUUUGGCAUCAGAGCCAAAGCCCCUUUCAGAUGCCGUGCAAAUUGCAUUCUCCUCUUCAUUAUACCACUCAUUUAAUCUGAUAGCAAUCCAAUUUGACAUGGAAAGCUAUUCGUUCGAUGUUUGCAAAAUUGUACACCGAACUCCGAAUGCAACCAAUGCUUCCCUUAUUACGCAAAACGAAGUAACCCUAAAUAGACAUUCAAUGGCAGAGUCGCUAUGCUUGAUAAUGGAAAACAUGGGGAUUUCUACAUUUUCCCUGACGUGUCCAUCUCAAUCUGAUUUCCCUUCAGCCAAAGGAUACAACCUGGCAAAAGCAUAUUCCAUGCUAUGGCAGAGAAACGAACACAAGGACAUUCCCAAGCUAAUCGCCUUGCUUUCACAAAGAAUCCAAGGCGUCAAGGGGGAGCAUCAGAAUAUGCAAAUUAGCUCUGCCAAAACCCCCAUUGACACCUCUGCUGAUGUGGAUGUUGGUGAAAUCCUAGAGCAAAAGCUGUCUGCAACAUUCAUCCCACCAUUUAUGAUUCCAAGUGGAUCUUUUGGAACGGUCUCCUCGUCCAUUUUGCUAUAUUCUUACCCCUCAGACGACGGGAUGUUUUAUGAAAAAAAAUACAACCAGCAUGCCAGGUUAAAUGAAGACAAAGAAAUCAAAAUUUCUUUUCAUUUAUGUAAAAAAGAAUAA